AGGCUCCCGGCUCGCUCGCCUCGCCGCCGCGGCAGCCCCAGCCCCGCUCCCACCCCCUCGCCUGCCCCCACCCUCCUUCCCUUUUCUCUCGCUCUCUCGGCGAGAGCAGUGUGCCUCCCUUCCCAGAUGGAAGCCGGCAGCGCCAUGCAGCCUCCCGUUCCUCCUCCUCCUCUCCCUCCUCUGUGGCUCUAAGUUAAUGCCAUGCUGCCGCUGCUCCUCCCGGCACUGCUGGCCGCCUGCCUGCCGCCCUGUCAGGGCUGGAGCCCCUCGGCGGCUGCCGGCGGGCAGGAGGAGCAGGAGCAAGAGCUCUUCUUGCCCCCUAUCAACUCCUCCUCCCGCUCCUUGGCCAGCCUCGAGAUGGACCUCGACGGGGCAGCGAGCAAGGAGGAAGGCAGCACCGCCAGCCCGGGCACGCCGGCUGCCCCUAGCCAAGAGCCGUUCCCUUCCGCUCCCACCUCCUCCGGGCAGCAGCAGCAGCAGCAGCAGCAGCAGCAGCAGCAGCAGCGUCCCCAGCCGCAGGGGCAGCCGCAGCCCGCCGAGGACCCUCACUGCAAUAUCAGCGUGCAGCGGCAGAUGCUGAGCUCGCUGCUGGUGCGCUGGAGCCGCCCGCUGGGCAUCCAGUGCGACCUCCUGCUCUUCUCCACCAACAGCCACGGGCGGGCUUUCUUCUCCGCCGCCUUCCACCGCGUGGGGCCGCCGCUGCUCAUCGAGCACCUGGGGCUGGCGGCCGGCGGCGCUCAGCAGGACUUGCGCCUCUGCGUGGGCUGCAGCUGGGUGCGGGGCAGGCGGGUCGGGCGCCUGCGGGGCGCCGCGCCCCAAACCGCCGCCGCCGCUCCCUCCUCGCUCUCCUACCCGCCGGCGGCGGAGCCCGGCCAGUACUGGCUGCAAGGGGAGCCGCUGAAUUUCUGCUGCCUGGAUUUCAGCCUGGAGGAGCUGAAGGGGGAGCCGGGCUGGCGGAUGAACCGCAAGCCCAUCGAGUCUACCUUGGUGGCUUGCUUCAUGACUCUGGUCAUCAUCGUGUGGAGCGUGGCCGCCCUCAUCUGGCCGGUGCCCAUCAUCGCCGGCUUCCUGCCCAACGGCAUGGAGCAGCGACGCAGCACCGCCGCCGCCGCCGCCGCCGCCAAGUAGCCUCUCCCGGUGACACCUUCCCGAACCACCCCCACCCCCCCCGCCUUUUCUUCGUCGUGUGGUGUGGAGGGACGCGGGGCGGCCGCCUCCCGCCGGGCCGGAUCCUCUCGUGGGUUUUUUGGUUUGGUUUUGGUUUUUUUUUUGGUGCGUUUUGUUUUGUUUUGGUUUUGUUUUUUUUCCUCGUUCAAAGCGUGCCCCCCCGGCGCGCGGCGGGACGGGGCGCGCGCGGCCGCCUCAGGGCCCGGCUCGCGCUGCCCUGAGGGGAGCCGCUCCGCCGCGCGCACCGCCCCGCCGCCGGCGGGAACGACCGAAGCCUGUGUGCUCCUUUUGUAUCUUUAAUACCCGUUUUCAACGAACCUUUUAGUAAAAAAUAAGGGAAAACAAAAAAAAAAAAAAAAAAAAAGCCCCCCCCCUCACCUCCCCAAAUCAAUGCAGGAAAUAAAAGACCCUCCCAUUCAACCGCAUUUGUUGUAGUCGGAGUAGCUUUUUUUUUGUAUAUGAAUACAGUUUGAGCAGGGCUUUUCUUUAUUUACAGAGAGGGAAGUCUUUUAGGCAGGAUCGAGAACUGAAGCAGUAUAUAUAUUGUUAUUGCUGAAGCUGAACUUUAACGAACCUUUUACACUGUAUUUCCCAGUUGAGAUAAUGUGCAUUUAUUAUUGUAGCUCUGCGUUACUUGGCUUUUAAUACAGAGGUUUUCUUUCUGGAGCCAUGGUAGCCUUUUGUUGGUCUGUUUCCGCCAAGGUGGAGCAGAGGGUUUGGCCAGCCUCCGUCUGCAAACGGGGCACGAAGCUCCUCUUUCCCCAUGUGGUGAGGUUACCGGGGUUGUUGGUGGAAAAAGGGGAAUCCCAAAACCUUUUCUGAGCGGUGUUUGCCCUGUCUGUACAGUAGGUGUAGGUCUGUAUGCCUACACCAGGGUUGGGUGGGGUGGGAUGGGGAGCGCGUCUGUGCCAGAGAACCUCCAAGAUGAUUUUACUUCACACAGCUCCACAGACUACUUGCUUUGAAGUUGGGUGGUUUCGGUCUUGGGAAGGUGAGGCCAACUCUUUGAGAUGCAUUAAAAAGAGCAUGGGGGCAAGUCUCUGACUUCUACAAAGUGCGCUUCUCAAAAACCACUUGGAUGCGGUGUAUUUAUUGGAGGCAUGGUAAUAUCAUACCUCUUUUUCAUCUGCCAGUCCGCAGGGUUGUUCACAGAAAGCCUGUGGGGUGGAGAGAAGGCAGGAGUUGCCGGUCCAGAACUAGAUUAUGGCUGCUGCUGUGCAAACAUGCAGAGAAGAAAGUUCAACAGGUUAGCAAUGCCAGAGCAAAACUGGGAGAUCCAAAUAUCCUGUGAAACUCUCUGUGUUUCUGUGUGUUUGACUUGUUCUUAGCUUUCACAGAAAAACAUCUCAUUAAUGAGACAUGAAUUUGAGACCAAUGCCAUUCAGAGGAAGUGAAUUCACUGGGAAUGUGAAGUUAAAUUACAUUUUUGUUCGGUGUAAGGUGAGACUUGCUAGAAGCAGUGGGGCCUUACCUUGUUGUUGUCAUUGUGGGUGUUGCUAAGCAACAUGGAAGUGGUUAAAAUGGAGAUACAGAAGAAGAACAUGUAGGAAUAAAGGAAACAAAAGAAAAAACAUAAAAGUAAAUGUGCCAGAACAUUCUGCAAAGAAGUUGCCAAGUAUCAACUGGGAAAAAGUGAUUAAGAUCAUAUAGAAGAAAGAAAGCUGAUACAAGAUGAAUUAGGAACUUGAUUCCAUACUUCAUAUUCAAUCAAAUUUUUCAGUGCUUUGCUUGAAUAAUUGAUUGCAGUUUUGACCCAAAAUGGCAAAAGUAAUGGCAAAAGAGAAUAAGAGCCUGGGAAGAAGUGGAAGACAAAAAAAGUUGAGAGUGGAACCACCAUACUGUAAAUAAAAGGAGAAAAAAAUAUCACUACAUAUUGCUGGAAACCAAACAAUGAAAUGGCAAGGCACUCUCUUACAUAUACUACCUACUCUAUUUUUGCUUCAGAUGUUCUCUGAGGUUGUAAGGAAAGCAUGCUAAAAGUUGUUUUUAAGGAAUGGAUAUGGUUCUUUCAUCAUAUCUUACUUUGAUCCAUGUCAGAUAGACAUUGCUCAUUGUCCAGCAUAAGAAUGUUCAUCGUAACUGUAUUAAAGCUUUUCACCUGAACUGA